CCACAAGAGUCAUGCAAAAUGUAAUAAAGAACUUCAAUAUUUAAUAACUACCUGGACAAUAAAAAUAGCAAUUAAUACAUUUGUUUAAAAAUUCAUUUAUUAAUCUAUAAAUAAAUAGACAAAGUUACAAAAAAAAUCAUUAUGUAACAUUUUAUUAGGCAAUAAAAAGUGAGAUUAUAAAAAUAAUGUAGAAAUGAAAUAUUAAUACAUUAAUAAAUAGUUCAAAUUAAUAUAACAAUUUACAAAAACAACAUAAAACACUCAAUAAGUUCAUCAUUUUAAAUUGCAUUUACAAAUUCUUAAUUAAAUAAUGGAAUUUCAAAAUGUAUUUCAAAAAGCGAUUUAAAAAGAGAAAUAAAUAACUGGAUUUAUAAAUUGAACUACAAAUACAGGUUUAAAUUAGGCAUUUAAAAGGGCAUUUCCGUUUAACAUUUCUGUUUUCAUUUUCCCGAUGGUUCUCCUUAUUCUUUUCGCUACUCGAUUUGCUUUUCGUUUUAGUCUCUCUAUUUAGCUUUUCCGUGACUCUUUGGGUCCUUGCAAAUGGUCAAAUGAGAAAUGCAAAUUAACUAUGGCCAGGUGGAUGUAACAAGCUCGCUGAUUGGCUCUGAUUGUACGUCAUGCGUAGAUUGAUCUCGGAUGAGGACCUGAGAAAGACGGUAACUUAAAAUGGAGGAAACGUGGACCAACACUAUAAAUGCUGUAAUUUCUUUGGCUAACUAUGUGGAGAGUAACAUGAAUGAUCUAGUGAACUAUGACUAUGCGUUGACGACAUUGCUUAAUCUUAGAAGAAACCUGGAAGCAUCCAGUCGGCAUGUUGAGGACACGGUAUGGACUAAGUUUAAUGAAGUGGAGCGUUUAAUUCGCAUUGGUAAUGUCUCAGAGUUUCAGCCCAGUAUUGACAUACCACAAGACCAACUACAUAUGCAAAUCUCACUUGGCAUCCCUCGCAGUGAGAUGGCAAAACGUUUUGGUGUGUCUUUGAAAACACUUAAUCGCAGGAUUACACGAUGGGGGUUAAGACGAGUGGACUUGAACAAAAGUGUUAGUGACGCUGAGUUAGACGUGAUCGUGUCUGACAUUCAUCGCAAUUUCCCCAGCGCUGGCUACAAGAUGAUACUAGGUCACUUGAGGUCAAAGCAACUUUUUGUCAAACGGAGCCGUGUACUGGCAUCGUUAAGGCGAGUAGACGCUGAAGGAGUUCUGAUGCGUAGGCUCUCACUACGCACCGUUAGACGAAGAGUGUACUCUGUACCAGCUCCCAAUAGCCUGUGGCAUGUUGACGGGAAUCAUAAGCUUAUAAGAUGGAGAAUAGUUGUGCAUGGUGGUGUUGAUGGGUUUUCACGGCUCAUUGUUUACCUGACUGCAGCAACAAACAACAGAGCCCAAACUGUUCUGGAAAGUUUCCUGUCAGCUGUGGAGCAGUAUGGCGUCCCCUCAAGAGUCAGAUCAGAUAAGGGAGGGGAAAACGUUCUGGUGGCACACUUCAUGGUGACUAAUUGUGGAAUCAACAGGAACAGUCACAUUGCAGGAAGAAGUGUACACAAUCAAAGGAUCGAGCGACUAUGGAGAGAUGUUUUUGAAAAUGUCCUUGAUCUAUUCUACAGCACUUUCCUUCGUCUGGAAGCUGAGGGGUGGCUUAAUCCAGACAAGGAGACAGACCUCUAUGCUUUACAUAGAUGUUACAUGCCACACAUCCAGUCACAUCUGCAACAAUUUCAGAGAGCAUGGAACAACCAUUCCUUAAGAUCUGCAAGAAACCAGUCCCCUCUUCAGCUGUGGUCAAGCAAAGAAAGAGAUAGACACACACUACACAUUUCUCAGACAGAUGAUGACAACAGAUGGUGGAGAGGCCCACAACGACCUUCAGUUCAAAUUCCUGAGCUACGCCUUCCCAGAGCCCUGUCUGUGGUAGAACUUUCCACACUGCCAAAUCCAACUGUACCAUUGGCAGAGAUGCUACCAGUGUACAUUGAGACUGUACGGAUUCUUCGAGAAAUGCUGGAUCAUUAAGAACGGAUGAACAUUGACUGUAUAUAUAACUGAUGUAUCAAAUAGCAAAGACAAUUAAUUUAAUGUUUAAGGGAUAGUUUGCCCAAAAAUGAAAAUUGUGUUAUUUACUCACCCUCAUGUUGUUACAAAGCUGUACACAUUUUUGUUCUGAUGAACACAAGGGAAGAUAUUUUGAGAAAUGUUUGUGGAACCUUUUUUCUACUAUUGAAGUGAAUGGGGUUCACAAAUGGUUUGGUUACAAACAUUUCACAAAAUAUCUUCCUUCCUGUUUAUCAGAACAAAGAAAUGUAUACAUAUUUGAAGGCGAGUAAGUGACACAAUUUUCAUUUUUGGGUGAACUAUCCCUUUAACAUUAAAUUGAUUA